GGGCGCUGUUUGCAACCCCAAGCGGCUCGCUCUGCGACCUACCGGCUCCAUGUGGGGGACAAGUCUUCAGGGUGAAACCCACAGCAAGAUGAUUGAACACAAAACCAAGCGUUUGUUGCAUUAGCGCUAUGCUUAUUUAUUUUUUAUUCAAAGCUUGCAUUAUGCAAACUAAGUGAAAGUUGGAUUACUGAGAAGAAACCUGCAAGUCUGGACUGGCCGAGAGUGGAAUUUUGGAUCGCGUAAACGGCGUCGGUCAGCAUGUAUAUUUGACGUGGAAUGAGUGAAAAAUACAACGAGGAGGUUAUGUCCACAAGAGCUGCUGAGAGGUUGAGAGGUGGCACGCCUCUGUAAAUCACGAAAGAAAACAAAUGAUCUACUGCCAUGCCUCCGUGGGUGGUAUGUUGUCUUCCAGCCACUGGAGUCCAAUCGCUGCUAUCGCUUGUGCUGUUAGCGAUUGGCUGGCCCCUUGCCUCCUCGUCUGGUUUGGUCGACCCUUCUUCUAGCCCUUAUCCCACCUUUACACGGAACGACACGGAAUUCGAGCACCUGGCCCUGCAUCCCCACCCCAGUGUGGGUCGUGUCUAUGUGGGCGCUCGGGAUAACUUGUUCCAGUUGGACCGAUUUCUCCAGGCGGAACUCCAGUACCGCACCGGACCUGUCAAAGAUAGCCGGGAAUGCCUGCCUCCCGUUACUGAGAGUAACUGCCCUCAGGCCAGGCUUACCAGCAACCACAACAAGCUCUUGUUGGUCGACCCCUACUCCAUGGAACUGAUUACUUGUGGCAGUGUAAACCAAGGGAUCUGCCAAAAACGAAGUCUUGAUUCUGUGGAUAAGGUGUUGUUCUCCACUGAGAGGCCGGUGGACACCCAAUACGUAGCGGCCAAUCAUCCCAAUGUUAGUACCGUCGGGCUGAUCGUGCAGUCGCAUCCCGGCAGGCAGCCACUUCUUUUUGUCGGGCGAGGCUACACGAGCAGCCACCCACCCAUCUCCACACGAAACCUGGACCAGGAUCCCGUAUUUUCCUACGAGGAAACGGCAAAGUUGGCUGUGGCCGGUCGCCUCUCUGAAUAUGACCAUCAUUUUGUAGCAUCCUUUGCCCACCGGCAUCACGUGUACUUCUUCUUCUACAGGCGGGACCUGAAGUCCCAGUCACGCGAGUACCGGACGUAUGUCUCACGUGUAUGUUUGGAUGACCAAGCCUAUUACUCCUACGUGGAAGUUCCCUUGACAUGUCGUUCUCGGGCAGGAAAAAAUUACAAUCUCCUCCAAGCAGUCCAGCUCGGGCUGUCAAAGGACGGCGUAGUGGGUCCAGGCUCUGAGGUUGUUCUUGGGGUUUUUUCCACUCGUUUGGCUUCGUCAACCCGACCCAGCGAGGACUCUGCGCUGUGUAUAUUCAACGUGGAAGAUGUGGACCGCAGGAUUAACACCACCAGAGACCUGUGUUACACACAAAUGGGUAAAGAGUCUGGGAUGGAGGCGGCCUACAUCGAAUAUGAAGUCAAGUCCAUCUGUGUCACCCUGCCAGAGAACACUCUAGAAGCUUACCCGUGCGGCUCGGAUCACACGCCCAGCCCCAUGGCAAGCCGGAUCGCUGUGGAAGCUGAAACCAUUUUGGACAGCCCGUCUGCCCGACUCACAGCUGUUGCAGUCAGCGUGCGGGCGGGACAUAGCAUCGCAUUCUUGGGAGACUCCAAGGGGAACCUGCACAAGGUGUUCCUGGGGCCAAACGGGGAGGUGGAGGAGUACUCGAUAACGUCCAUUCAACAGAACACAGCCAUUAGUUCAGACCUUGUCCUGGAUCAAGAGGAAGAGCAUCUCUUCAUCAUGACACACGACAUGCUGCAGAAGAGACCUGUGGCUGAAUGCCAGCAGCACCCAGACUGUCACUCCUGCUUGCAAGCCCAUGACCCCUACUGUGGCUGGUGUGUCCUCCAGGGAAGAUGUGUGUUGCAGUCAGAGUGUGGUCGUGGGAAGCAAGCAGGUCAGUGGCUUUGGAGCUUUGACAUGGAACAGCAGUGUUUAGCUGUCCAACAGCUCAACCCAUCAAACAUCAGCAGGGAGGAAAGCAGGACAGUGUCUUUGUCAGUUCCAGAACUUCCAGCUUUAGAAAAGGGAGAGUCCUACUCCUGUUUCUUCCAUGGCAUCCGUAGCCCAGCCACCGUCACUGGAACAGGGGUCACCUGCCAGUCUCCACACCCCAGCCAAGUCCCGAUGGUGCCUCCAGGACAGGAUUUUGUCAGGGUGCCCUUGUCUCUUCGCUUUGGUGACGUCACAGUGGCAGAGCGAGAUUUCACCUUCUAUGACUGCACAGCUGUUAAGCAGCUCUCAGGCAGCAUGCUUUGCCAUGGUUGUGUUCUGAGCCGGUGGGGCUGCAACUGGUGUGUUCACCAGCACACGUGUACUCACAAGCCCACCUGUGAGGAGGGAGUGAUCAUCUACAACCAGCAUUUUAAACUCCCCACCUCAGCCCCGCCCACUACAAAAACUAUUAAAGUUAUCACAACCCCCACCACCACAACGGCAAUGCCCCCAACCACUACAGUAGCUCCCACAAAAACUACUACUACCACGACUACUACUCCCAUGGUGACAACUACAACUCCUGUUCCUGCGUUGACCACUCAGGAGCAGGCCACCAUUCCUGAAACGAUCACUCCACACACUGUCGCUCCUCAGACGACCACCACCCCCACCAACCCUCAGCCUUCUAAUACCCUGGCAAUCACCAAACCUGCACCAAUGACAUUUCCACCUGUGGACACCACCACCACCAGGAAAGAUGUGGGGGAGGUUGCGGUUCUCAACCAAAGUACCUUGGAGGAUGUUCAAUUCACAGCAAGUGCAGAAUUGGCGCCGGUCACCAUUGGUGUGGAUCUAAAGCCUAUGAUGCCUCUGGUGAUCCCGACUCCUGACACCCUGGAAGUGAUGACAGAGUUACCAAACACUCAGGAACCCGAUGGAACACGGAGCUCAGUGGAUCCACUCACCCUGACCUCAUCGGGCUCCUCUUUGCCUACACCCUUUCCCGUGAGUGAACCAAGCAACUCUGGGUCCUCUCUCUUCCUGGAUCCGACCCAAGCACCGACUCCAGUACCCCGGCUAGACUCCCAGACCGAGUCUCAAAGCAGGGACAAGGACCCCGAUGUGCUCUUGCCCGAGGAGGAAGACGGCAACCCAGCUGUCCUUGCAGAAAACGACACAGCCACUUUUUCAGCUGCCACCGUGCUUUCAGGCGAUGGUGAGGUUGAUCAUGUUUCCCCAGCUUACCACCACUUGGUGGACACUGAGCUCGACUACCAGUAUGAUCCAGCCGACGCCUUUCUCCCGGGGGAUGAGGGCUCAUAUGUCAGCUGGGGCGCUUCAGCUUGUCCCUGUGUGGAGAAGGUGCAGGGUUCAUCGCUACUACCUGUCAGAGUGGAAAGGAAGAUCACGUUACUUGCCCGCAACCUACAUUUGUAUCAGGACACAGAGUUGGACUACGAGUGUGUGUUGGUGAUUGAGGGGCAGACGGUGGUAGUGGAUGCCUAUGUGGAGACAGAUGACGUCAAUCCAUCCAACUUUCACAUCACCUGCCAACUGCACCAGUAUGCAUAUUCUGCUCCAGCAGAAGAAUACCACGCUAUGGUGUAUGUGAAGAGGAGGGACACAUUCCAUGUUGACAGCUCUCCCGAUCUAUAUGUGACUUUGUACAACUGCUCCGUGGGUCGCUCGGACUGCAGUCGUUGCCACACAGCAGACCACAAGUACGGCUGUGUGUGGUGUGGCGGCACACAGGCCACGUGUUUGUAUUCUGGAUCGUGCCGUGACGCCGUGCAGCAGACAUGCCCCGCUCCAGUCAUUCACUCUAUUGAGCCGCUGUCUGGGAUGCUAGAAGGUGACACGCUGGUGACCAUAACAGGCUCCAACCUUGGCCAGAAGGCCGAAGACAUUCUAACGUCUGUAUCAGUGGCUGGUGUGCCCUGCAUGGUCAUACCCAAUCUCUACGAAGUCUCCUCCAGGAUUGUUUGCAGAACACAAGCCAGUGGAGGAGAGAAGAUGGGCCAUGUGUCUGUUAAAGUGAGCGGGGGAGAAUUUGGCUUGUCCAGACAGACGUUCAGCUUCCAGGAUCCUUUUGUGAUGGGAGUGCUGCCCAACAGAGGUCCCAAAGCUGGGGGAACAACGCUGACCAUCAGUGGGCGAAACCUUCUGACAGGGCGUCCCUCAGACCUCACGGUCACUGUGGGCGGCGUGCCCUGUACCAUCGUGUCGGAGGUUGAGAGUUCCAGUGUUCAGUGUGUGACGGGUAGCAACAACAAGACGGGAGAUUACCGCGUCACUCUGCAUUACGGCAGCAGCCAACGCCAUCUCCACUCUUCAGCUUACCACUACACUCACAACCCCAACAUAACCCAUGCCAAACCAGCAAAGAGCUUCCUGAGUGGCGGUCGAAUGAUCUACGUGUCAGGACACAACCUCAACGUAGUGCAGGAACCCCGGAUGGUCGUGACAGUGUCUCCUCGUGAGUCCAUCCAGAAAAAUAGCAGUAGCAGGAGGAGGAAGCGCAGGAGCUCAGAGCAGAGGUCCGGAAGGUCUGACCCACUUUGUCCUGGAGAUCUUCUCUGCUCUGUCAAACAGUUCACAGAACAUUGUCAGGUGAAUUCCUCCUCCCUGAUAUUGUGUCACUCACCUAUGGUGGACUCCUCGGUGUCGGGCUCCAAGGUCACUGUGGAGUUUCUGCUGGACAACCUCCGCUUUGACUUCAACACUCUUAACUCCCAAGCCUUCAGCUAUGAGCCCAACCCAAGUCUGCACCCCCUGAAUCAGCAGGACCCUCUCAAGGCAUACCGCUACAACCCUGGCAGCUUCAUCCAGCUGGAGGGGGAAAAUCUGGACCUGGCCAUCAGUAAGGAGGAGGUGGUCGUGUUAAUCGGUGAGGGCGUGUGUGCUGUCAAGACGCUUACCAGAAACCAUCUGUACUGCGAGCCACCGCCUCAGCAGCCUGCGUCAGGAACCAAUGCCAAGAAGCGUGAGGGUUCUGACAACCUGCCUGAAUUCACUGUCCACAUGGGAAACUUGAACUUCUCCCUGGGUAAAGUUCAGUAUGACAGCCUCAGCCUGGCCACCUUUCCCGUGGAGGCUCAGAUUGGAGUCGGAGUUGGAGCUUCCAUUGUGGCGCUCAUAGUCCUCAUCAUCGUACUUAUUUACAGGAGAAAGAGCAAACAGGCGUUAAGGGACUACAAAAAGGUCCAAAUCCAACUGGAAAACCUCGAAACCAGCGUGAGAGACCGCUGCAAGAAAGAGUUCACAGACCUUAUGACGGAGAUGAUGGACAUGUCAAGCGACCUGGUUGGUUCUGGCAUUCCUUUCCUUGAUUACCGGAUGUACGCAGAGCGCAUUUUCUUCCCCGGCCACCGAGAGUCGCCUCUGAGACGAGACCUGGAUGUCCAGGAGUGUCGCAGACAGACAGUGGAACAGGGCCUCGUGCAGCUUUCCAACUUGCUCAACAGCAAACUCUUCCUCACCAAGUUCAUUCACACUCUGGAAAGUCAGCGGACUUUCUCUCCCCGAGACCGAGCCUACGUGGCCUCCCUUCUCACGGUAGCGCUGCACGGCAAACUGGAGUACUUCACCGAUAUCCUCAAGACGCUUUUGAACGACCUGGUGGAGCAGUAUGUGGCCAAAAACCCCAAACUGAUGUUGCGGCGGACCGAGACGGUGGUGGAAAAACUGCUGACCAACUGGAUGUCCAUCUGCCUUUACGCGUUCCUCAGGGACUCUGCCGGGGAAUGUCUUUACAUGCUUUUCAGGGCGAUAAAGCACCAAGUGGAUAAAGGACCGGUGGAUGCUGUGACCGGCAAGGCCAAGUACACACUCAACGACAACCGCCUGCUGCGAGAAGACGUAGAGUACAAAACUUUGACUCUUAAUGUGCUAGUGCAGGGCGGAGGAGCCAAUGAGUCGCAGCCGCUGCCUUCCAAAGUGCUGGACUGUGACACCAUCACGCAGGUGAAAGAGAAGCUGCUGGAUCAGGUGUACAAAAGCACCUCCUUCUCUCACCGACCUCACACGGACUCUUUGGACCUGGAGUGGAGGUCUGGUGUUGCUGGGCAUCUCAUCCUGUCCGAUGAGGACUUAACAUCUGUGGUGCAGGGCAACUGGAAGCGUCUCAACACCCUGCAGCACUACAAGGUCCCUGACGGCGCCACAGUAGCUCUGGUCCCUCGCCACUCCAAGCACAUUCACCAUGACCACCACGACUACGUGGCUGGAGAGAAAACGCCGAUGCUGGAGGAUGCAGAUGAAGGUGGUGUGAGACUCUGGCAUCUGGUGAAGGCCAGCGAGGAGCCCGAGCUGCCCAAACAUCGGAGAGGCAGCUUGAGGGAACGAGAGCGAGCCAAGGCCAUACCUGAGAUAUACCUGACCCGCCUGCUUUCUAUGAAGGGGACGCUCCAGAAGUUUGUAGAUGAUCUGUUUACGGUCAUCCUCAGCACCAGUAGGCCCGUCCCACUGGCGGUCAAAUAUUUCUUUGACCUGCUGGAUGACCAGGCCGCUCAUCACGCUAUCUCCGACCCAGAGACCAUACACAUUUGGAAAACCAACAGUCUCCCCCUGCGUUUCUGGAUCAACAUUGUGAAGAAUCCGCAGUUCAUUUUUGACGUGCAAGCCUCAGACCACGUGGAUGCGGUGCUGUCAGUCAUUGCUCAGACCUUCAUGGACUCAUGCACCAUUGCUGAGCACAAGCUGGGACGGGAUUCUCCUAUCAACAAGCUGCUGUAUGCCAGAGACAUCCCCCGAUACAAACACAUGGUGGAAAGGUACUACGCUGACAUCAGGCAGACCAUCUCAGCCAGUGACCAGGAGAUGAACUCUGCUCUGGCUGAGCUGUCCAGGAACUAUUCUGGAGAACUGAACUACUUGGUGGCACUGCACGAGCUGUACAAGUACAUCAACAAAUACUACGAUCAGAUAAUCACGGCGCUGGAGGAGGACACCACAGCUCAGAAGAUGCAGCUUGGCUACAGGCUGCAACAGAUCGCCGCUGCUGUGGAGAAUAAGGUCACAGACUUGUGACAGAGGAAACGCCUUCCAGUGCUAUGGCAAAAAACAAACAAAACAAAACAAACAGUGAUAUUUGGAGAUUUGCUCAGACCCUGCUGGGUGAACUUAAUGCCGAAGAGCAUUGAAGAUACACACAUCCUUUAGGACUAAAUGAGUUUUUAAUCAUGAACUUCACAUUUUUAUUACUAAGCAUCUGACUGAUGACUGAAGUUGGCUUCCUGGCUGUUUUUCGGCGACAUGAUGCGGACUAUUUGAAUCAUCUGGCUGAUGGAUAAACGGAAUGAAUGGGCACCAUUCAGGUUCAUUCUUUUGAUUAGCUUCUCGCUGCUGCACGGUUUUGGUGUAUGUGUGGGAAAUGUGUACGUACAGUGUGUGUGAACAGUGGUGUGUGUUCUUGCUGGCUGUCAAUCAUGUUGUGGUAGCGUGUCAAAGUGUUUUUUUUAAUGGAUCACAGCCUCCAGGGUCGUAGAAGCAGCUUCGUCAGCUUUAGAAAAGUGCUUUGGUAAUGGAUUGAUCAUAAUAAUACAUAAUAAUAAUAAUAAUAAUAAUAAUAAUAAUACAGUCACACACUGUUUGACACUACAUGUACGUCCACAUUACUUUUGAAUUGUUACAUAAUUUCACGCAAUUCCCCGAUUGCUGCGCUCUACCUCAGCCUGACUUGAUGGAAAUGUUUAUGUUCUGUGAUGUUUCACCAGCAAAUCUCUCCUGAUGCACAUUUCCAACGUUGUUCAGUUUAUGGUACAAGAUAUUGGCAUUGAAAUCAUGCUCACCGAAGCGCUACUUCCAAGCUAAAGGUUUUUUGGUUUUGUUUUUUUUUUACCCUUUAUGUGUCACAUUUUUAGGUCUACUGAUUCAUGUUAGUGUUACUUGCACAGUACACAAAAAAAUAGCUGUUACUGAAUGAACCUGCAGUGUACACCUCAGUGAUGUAUUGCCUUUUAUGUUCUUAUUCUUUUUUUACAUUCCUCGUUUUCAGUAAGGCGCAAUGAAUGGAACCCCUUUUCACCUUGCUCUGUCCUAAACGGACGCGGUCCAAGUUCAUCAUAACAAGGAUUGCUACUUGCUUGGUUACCGACACAAGGUUUCAAGUUGAAGCUUGGAAGUUUAUUGACCGUGCUGCCACAGAGUCUGCUGGUCUGGAUCCUCUCCUUCAAUUCCGCUGUUAAAUCGCUGUCAAAGUCUGCUGCCAUUAUUUCAAUGACAAAGUGGUGUGUAGGCCAAGGUGUAGUGAGGAUAAAUCAUGCUCUCUGUUGGCCUUUCACCCACUUUCCCUCCUUGUGUUGACCUCUGCUUCACUGAUCUUUUGCUGUAGGGUUAGGGUUAGGGUUAGGAUUAAGAUUAGAAUUAGGUAGGUUGAUUUAGGUAGGAUUAUGAGGAACACCAAAUUUUCAUUAGAGUAUUAAAGGUUAGCGUUGGGUAGCUUUGUUUUAGGGUAAAGGUUAGGGUUAGGUAGGUUGUUUUGGGGUUAGAAUUAGGUAGGGUGGUUUUAGGGUUAGGGUAAAGGUUAGGGUUAGGUAGGUUGGUUUUAGGUUUUGGGUUAAGGUUAGGUUGGUUGGGUUUAGGGUUAGGGUUAGGUAGGUUGGUUUUUGGGUUAGGGUUAAGGUUAGGUUGGUUGGGUUUAGGGUUAGGGUAAAGGUUAGGGUUAGGUAGGUUGGUUUUUGGGUUAGGGUUAGGUAGGUUAGUUUUGGGGUUAGGAUUAGGUAGGUUGGUUUUAGGGUUAGGGUAUAGGUUAGAGUUAGGUAGGUUGGCUUUAGGUAGAAGUAAGAGGAACACAAUCAAAUUUCCAUCAUUUUUAAUGUUUUUUUUUCUCCAAAUAAUGUGCAUCUGCAUUUGGGUAUGAAAGUUUAGUUACUGCCUGAGAGCGUUUGCCCGCACCAAACCCUUUCUGAGCUGUCUCAGUUGUGACUGUCUCCCGCAUAGGGAGCUCUACGUGGCCAGGUGAAUGACACACCUGCUCACUAAAAUGACUCAUGAGAGGUAGGAUACAGGACUGGCAACGGUCUGCUGAGGGAGAACUGUAACUGUUAGACUGUAGAGCAGAGCUCUGCAAGGGGCAGUUUUAAAGAUGUUUCUAAUUGUAUGUGUUAAUAUCGUUGUACAUACUCUUUUCAAAUGUUAACUGUAGUCGUUCAAACUGUUAAGAAGUGGACAUUCUCACAGAUGCUGAAGCAAUAAAGUAUUCUUAGUUUUUUGUUUUUUUGUUU